AAAUAAACAGUUCCAUAAAGAACGCGUUUGAAAACUGAGAAACUAUUUGUAAAUGGCGGCCGGGGACAUUGUGGAGCUCCAAAGAAACUCUCCCAAGUGGGUAACGGUAGUGGAAGACAUCGUGAAACUAGAGAGGAAGAUCUUUCCCAAACAUGAAUCCCUUGCUAAAAGCUUUCAUGAAGAACUGAAAAAGAAGAACAGUGGGUUGCUUUACAUCGAGGAGUUAGAUGGUUCAGUUGCUGGCUAUGUCAUGUACUCUUGGCCUUCUUCCCUCUACGCCUCUAUCACGAAGCUCGCAGUGAAGGAUAGUUGCAGGAGGCAAGGCUAUGGAGAGGCUCUGCUGACAGCAGCCAUUCAGAAAUGCCGAACCCGAAAAGUGGGGCGAAUAUCACUUCACGUUGAUCCUAUGAGAACUCCCGCCAUGAAUCUUUACAAGAAAGUCGGUUUCAAAGUUGACAACCUCAUACAAAGUUACUACUCGUCGGAUCGGAAUGCCUACAGACUAUACUUGGAUUUUGAUGCCAGCUAGUGAAAUACAGGUCGAAAUCUUCUCCAUGUUCAAGUGAUUUUAUUGCUCAAAACAUUUCUUUACCCCUAAUAUGAGAUUAAGGAUUAACCAUGCAUUUAUAAAGGACCCUAACAAUUACUAGAUGUCAAUGUCUGCAAUAGGAGAGACUUUGAAGUAUGAACACAUAAUAACAUAUAAACUGAAUCUCAUAACUCCUAACUUUCAUGUAAUAAAGCUCUGAAGCCUUCCUGGAUGAUGAAUUGUAGAAUCCCUUCAAC